AUGGCGGCUGCCGAGCCCAAGCCCCCCGCGGGGGUGGCCGCGGCCCGGCGCCUGGCCCGGGGCUGCUGGUCCGCGUUCUGGGACUACGAGACGCCCAAGGUGAUCGUGGUGAAGAACCGGCGCCUGGGCGUCGUGUACCGCUCGGUGCAGCUGCUCAUUCUGCUCUACUUCGUGUGGUACGUGUUCAUCGUGCAGAAGAGCUACCAGGACAGCGAGACGGGCCCCGAGAGCUCCGUCAUCACCAAGGUCAAAGGCAUCACCUUGUCCGAGCACAAAGUGUGGGACGUGGAGGAGUACGUGAAACCCCCCGAGGGGGGCAGCGUGUUCAGCAUCAUCACCAGGAUAGAGGUCACCCCUUUCCAGAGCCUCGGAACCUGCGCCGAGAGUAUGAGGGUCAACAGCGCCACCUGCGACUCGGACGAGGACUGUGUGGCUGGGCAGCUGGACAUGCUGGGAAACGGCUUGCGAACCGGGCGCUGCGUACCUUACUACCACGGGUCCUCCAAGACCUGCGAGGUGACCGGCUGGUGCCCGGUGGAAGACGGGGCCUCAGUCAGCCAGUUUCUCGGUAAGAUGGCCCCCAAUUUCACCAUCCUCGUCAAGAACAGCAUCCACUACCCCAAAUUCCAGUUCUCCAAGGGCAAUAUCGAGCACCGGAAGGAUGGCUACCUGAAACACUGCACAUUUCAUGAGGUCUCUGACCUCUACUGCCCCAUUUUCAAGCUGGGCUACAUCGUGGAGCAGGCAGGGGAGAACUUCACGGAGCUGGCACACACGGGUGGUGUCAUUGGGGUCAUUAUCAACUGGGACUGUGACCUGGACCUGUCGGCAUCAAAGUGCAACCCCAAAUACUCCUUUCGGAGGCUUGACCCCAAGCACGUCCCAGCUUCAUCUGGCUACAACUUCAGGUUCGCCAAGUAUUACAAGAUAAAUGGCAGCACCACCCGCACACUCAUCAAAGCCUACGGGAUCCGCAUUGACAUCAUUGUGCACGGACAGGCAGGGAAGUUCAGCCUGAUCCCCACCAUCAUUAACCUGGCCACUGCGCUGACCUCCAUCGGGGUGGGCUCCUUCCUGUGCGACUGGAUCUUGCUAACAUUCAUGAACAAAAACAAGGUCUACAGCCAUAAGAAAUUCGACAAGGUGUGUACCCCAAGACACUCCUCAGGUAGCUGGCCUGUAACCCUGGCCCUUGUUUUGGGCCAGGCCCCUCCCCCACCCUAUCCCUGCUCCACAGACCCCGGGGAGGCAGGCCAUCUUCAGGGUGAAGGGCAGAGCCAGGAAGGAGCUGUCCCACCCCCACGACCUCGCCCCACCUCCGCCCCAUCUGAGCAGAUGGUGGAUGCUCCCAGCCGGGGUGCAGGACCAGGGCUCUGUGCCUCCCAGCCUUCCCAACAGGACUACACACUCACAGAUGCCCGAGGUUUGGCCCAGCUCUGAGCCCACUCCCACCUUCCGCCAUGCUGCACCAGAGACCUGGGCCUGUCCGGGCCCCUGAAGUGUGUGGCCCUGAGACAGCUCCCAGCUACCCUGGCAGCACGGCUGGGACCUUGGACCUGGGCACUGCCCACACCCUCAACACUGCAUCUCAGCAAAACCAGCAGCCAAAGGACCCCCAAGCAAAUGGGAUGACAUGAGGGGAUGGCCCUCCAUCCCGUCCCGCAACUGCCCAGGGGCCUGUAGGGGCGAGUGCCCACUUGCACCUCUACCUCCUCCCCACCCACCCACCACUACCCUGGCCCUUUGCUCGCCUUGUAGCCAAGA